GUGGGAGCAUAAAAACUGGGGUCAUCAAGUCUACGAGUGUUUGCGUGUGUGUGCGUUCUCACCUGGAACAGGAAGCGGUCGUUGAACUCCGGGUCGGGCCCGGUGCCACCUGGCCCUGGCCUGGCGGGGGCGUCGGUCGUCUGGCAGCAGACGGAGCUGCACCAGGGUGACGUUGUCGUGGAAACGAGGCGGGAGGUUGCCCAGGCGGCGCAAGGAGACGGCCAGCUGCUCGCUGCCGUGACGCAGCAGUGGUGACCUACUCUGAACGAAGAGAGAUCCCCGAUGGGCCAGAAUGUCCCUGCGAGCCUCCGUCUUCAUCACCUCCGCCUUCUCCUCGCUCUCCUCCGUGUCGCUCUGAGACGUCGUGAAGCGAGGCGGCAACGUGAACGGGAUCUCGCCGGGCCUUCAUCGCAGAAAAAAUACACAACACGACAUUGUGGAUGUCCAAAGGCAAGCGGCGCUUGUGAACCAAAGGACACAUUGUCAUGUACAAAUGUGCACAGCUGGGUUAAAAGUCCGCUUAAAGACAGAACAUCACCAGGCCCAGUAGGACAAGAAGAAAAAGAAGCAGCACCAGACGUCCUGCAGCGAGGCCGACCGGAACCAUCGGACCUAAAGCGCAUGACACGCAGACACAAAGUUAAGCAGUGCAGGAGCUCGCAUGACAUGUUUGUUCACCUGAAAUUGUUAUUGCCAUGGCGAUGAGGCCUGUACGACCGGCUUCCGAGAUCUACCCGUCAGUGUGCUGUUCCGUCAGUCCGUCCGUGUCCUACUCCAGCUUGACAGUGAUGGAGGGACCCGAGGACGACGGCGAACCCCACACGCCCAUCUUCUCCAUCUCCAAGAGCUCCAUGGACGUCUUCAAGCGCGACCCGGUGUGGACCGCCGUGGAUCUACGCCGCAGCUCCAGCGUCAACGUCGAACAGGGCCCUCUGCAGCAGCUGCACGGGUGGCGGCGCGUGGGCAGCCUGCAGUCACCUGACCCCCACAACUCGCCCGCCCUCAGCGAGCGCUGGGUGGCCAACAUGAGGCGCUGGAGCCGGUGCAGCGGCGGGAGCGGCGCGCACAGCCGCAGCAGCACGCCCGACACGGUGGUGUGGGGUGGAGGGACGUCGCGGCCCUGCAGCCUGGCGCGGGACGCGCCCUGCUGCGCCGCGCCUGCCUCCCCGACCACCCACGCCUCCUCGCCAUUCAUCUCCCCGCUGCUGACGCCCACUAUGCCAUCUGUGGAUCUCUGCACCUCGUCCCCGGUGUCCCCUCUGCCGUCCCCCACCGUGCUGUUCCCUGAGCAAGGAGACUCCGAAGGGUCCCCUCUGACGUCCACCACCCCACCGCUGAAGCCCUUUUUCCGGGUGACUAGCACAGAGAAUGACGCCUACCCGGGUAACCGCUUGCUUUAUUUCCAGUAUCCCUCCCCGAUGGCGUCCUCCGUGUGCUCAGAGGAAGGUGCGUCGCUGUCCCCCGGAGGCCUAACUGAAGAGGAGACGGCGCCGAUGUCCGAUCCCCGAGCGCGAGUGACAAGUUCAGCGGAUGAGGACCAAGAACCGGAUGAAGGAGCGUCGGUGUGCCACCUCCAGUUGCCGUGGCAACCGCAGCCGAGAAGGCCGCCGCUGGUCUCCUCCCUAAGCGACUCGCUUCUGGGUGAGGGGUGUAGAUGGUCCAGAGGAGGCCUUCAAAGGGAGCCCUUCUUCAAGGCGAAGGCUCGUCGGGAAGUGGUUGACGCGGCCGUGCAGACGCUCUCCCCCGCGGGCUCCUGGUUGGACCUCCGCAGGAACACCUCCCACUCCCCCCUGGGCUCGCCGCCCGGAUCCAAGCUGGAACUGAAGGCCUCGGUUGGUUCUAACUCCAACCUGGUGUCGACGUCCUCCAGCAUGUUCCCAACGGGAGAGGACGAAGAGGAGGAGGGGAAGCCAAAAGAUGUUCUGGAGCGCAGAAGGUCAAGUCUGAAGGCCGGGGAGGAGAAAAAGGAGCUGGGGGAGAGGAGGAGGAGCAGCAUGAAGCAGGUGCAGUGGGACGAGGACGGGAUGACGUGGGACGUCCACGGCAUGUCCGUGGAGCCGGAGGUGCUGAGCACAGCCAUACGAAAGCACCUGGAGCUCCACAACAGUCCCCAAGCCGGCAAACGACCCUCCAAGAAGAAGACCAAAGCACCCAAACCUCAUGCUCCUCCCGCUUCUCCUCCUGCGGCGCUCCCCGACGUGACCCCUCCGACACGGGACGGGGGAGGCAAAACGGAGGAGGCGCCUCGCGAAGCAAGCAGAGCGGAGGGAGGAGAAGCUGGAAAUGACGGCAUUUCAAAAUCCCCCUCGCUCUCGCGCGGGACCAUCCGGAAGAGGAGCGUGAUGAAGUCACUGAGACCAGGGUGGUGUGGAGGCUUGAAAAAGGAAGAUGACUAAGAUAAAAAAAAAAAAAAAAAGAUGAGAUAUAUUGAUCCUGCUGCGGGGAAAUUCACUGGUUACAAAGCAAAGGACAGUGCAAGAGAUUUAAAAUGUAUAGAAUAUAAUGAAAAAGAAACAUUAUAAAAAUAAACAGAUGAGAGAAAAGUUUUGAGCAUUACUUUAAAACAGCAAUAUUGUGUUACACAAAUAUAUCUUGCACUGUGUUUUCAUACACAUACUGUAAGUGGUAUUGAAAGUGUUUGUUUUUUUUAAUUACUAACUGACUAAAUG